UUCUUUUCAGUGAGUGAAUGGUUUCGGUUAGGGCAACAUCGUACGUCAAAUUUAUCUCGUGCCUGGUUUCAGUGUAUAUACUGAGAAUUUUAUAAAUAUUUUUUUUUUAUUAAAUUGUAUAUUCACCAACGCAUACCGAUAUUGUAUGCACAUACAUUUAAUAAUAAUUUGUUUCACGACGUAAAUUUUGAGUGUUUGUGCUGAGUUUCGAAUCCGUGAAUAUUGUGUGUACGUGAUUGACUCGAUUAUAUUUUUAUUAAAAAUAAAUUGAAAUUCGAAUCGUACAUAUUAUACCAUCUAAAUCAAAACGAACGACAAUGCCGUGUUCCGCUGUUACGUUAUCGUUGGCUACAAUAUCCGCCAUUAUUUCUGUUUCUUUACUAAGCAUAGCAUUUUCAACGGAUAAUUGGUUAAGCUAUGAUGUGAAAAGAAAUAACAUUCAGUCUUACGCAGCCAAACAUUCCGACUCACAGGCACUUCUAGAUAGCAUCAAUUCAAAAUAUUUCUACUAUACAAGAACAAGGGGAUUAUUUAGGAUAUGUUACCCGAAGGAGAGACCACCGACAUCAUCUGUCGAUAUUUACCUAUCGCCAGUCGAAACACAUUGCUCGAAUAUUGACUACUUCCCGAAUAAUAACGAUGAUAAACCGCCAACAUCAAAUGAUGAUUCAACAGCUAGACUGCAUUUGGCACGAUCGUGCAUUGCUCUGUUUAUAUUAAGUUUUCUUGCCGUGUUUUGUGCAUUUUGGACUGGUCUAUCCGGUUGUUGGAAACGAAGUGCUGGUUCUAUUACAGCUACAGCAAUUCUCAUGUUAAUGGCAUGUCUAUUAGCAGCUGGAGCAAUGGGAUUAUGGCAUACUGUUGAAUUUUUCGAAAAAGAAAAGGUUGUCGGCGAGGAAUUUUAUCAACAAUGGAACUCGAUUUUGCGCGAUAAUACAAGAGUAUCGUACGACUGGUCGUAUAUUGUAGCGUGGGCCGGUGUUGCUUCUUCUCUUGUUGCUGCCAUUCUGUUGUCCGGAGCUGCUGUUUGUUUACGAAGCGAACGCGAAAAGGAAGACCAAUUAAAUUUGCAAUAUUUAAUGCCUGUGUAUCCACAAAAGCAAGCACCUUAUCCAUAUCCUGGAUAUCCUCAGCCGCAGCCAAUGUAUCCAGGACCAUAUUAUCAUGGAUCUCAAUACGGACCUUACAACAACUACUAAUGGAUUUCGAUUGAAAGUUUGAAAAUAAUUUAAAAUUUAAAAUAUUUGAAGUUGUGGCCACCAACAAAAUGUCCAAACGAAAUUUCCUGGUCACACAAUCCCUUUUCUAAGACCAAAAACACUCUCGUCCAUGAUCUCAUCCACUUUGAUACCAUGCUCGAUGAAAUGUUCCAGGCAGCUUCAAUUAUUUCGACUUUAUUUUCAGAAAAAAAAAAGAUGUUCUUGACCACCUGAUAAAUGCGUUAGGGUACAAUUGAGUUUUUGGUUUUGCAAAUUUUUCUUUCUUCUUCCGAAAUUUGCAAAAUCUCACAAAAUUUUAGAUUUCUAGUUUUUCGUCGUCGGCAUUAGUAGGAAAAGAAAACGAAUCUUACGAACAUUGAAUAUUUAAAUUAUUUUUAACGACAACCAGGACUCAUCGACAUUCGAUUCAAAUUUUAUAUCGUUUCUUCUGUGGCACAGAUCGAUGAGUUCGACCAUUAUAUAUUCAUUCGUCCACUCAAACAUUAACAGAUUUCCAUUUUUAUAUAUAACUGUCGUCCAGUGGCAUUAUAUUACCGUAAAAAAAACUAAAAUCAUCACAUCUUGAUCGCUUAAUUAUUACAGUUAAACUGAAUACAGUUAAUGUUAACCAAAUUUGUGUAAAAAGUUGGUGCAGCUGUUUUACCAGCUCGUCCGUUCAUACCAUUUCACUCAUCGGUACGCAUAAAUAGUGUGAUUGUAUGAGUGGAACAGCUUUUAAAGCAUCGGAACCAAAUUUAGAACCAAAUUCGGUUGACAGUAACUGUAACAAAUGUUCAGAGUAGGAAAAAUACUCAUUUUCUGUGUGUUGUUAUUACGCAACUGAUUAAGAAUUAGUCUGGAAGACAUAAACUGAAUAAAUUCU